AUGCAGCAAGCACCCGUGGACCCAUUCCUGGGCCGGGAGCCGGGGCGUCGCCCAUCUGAGCAGGACCAAGCCUGCGUUCAAGGCCCAGGGAGGGCUUGUGGCCGACAGGUGCCCCACCAACCCGAGGGCGUGGCUCGGACCCGGCGGCCUCCAGCCGGGGAGCCUGCAGCCGGGGGCCUCCAGUCGGGGGGCCUCCAGUCGGGGCGGCCUCCAGCCAGGGAGCCUGCAGCUGGGGAGGCUGCAGCCGGGGGACCUCCAGCCGGGGGAGCCUCCAGCCGGGGGGCCUCCAGCCGGGGCGGCCUCCAGCCGGGGAGCCUCCAGCCGGGGCGGCCUCCAGCCGGGGAGCCUCCAGCCGGGGAGCCUCUACUCGGGGAGCCUCCAGCCGGGGAGCCUCCAGCCGGGGCAGCCUCCAGCCGGGGAGCCUCUACUCGGGGAGCCUCCAGCCGGGGAGCCUCCAGCCGGGGCAGCCUCCAGCCGGGGAGCCUCUACUCGGGGAGCCUCCAGCCGGGGAGCCUGCAGCCGGGGGCCUCCAGUCGGGGGGCCUCCAGCCGGGGCGGCCUCCAGUCGGGGCGGCCUCCAGUCGGGGGGCCUCCAGCCGGGGAGCCUCCAGCCGGGGGGCCUCCAGCCGGGGCGGCCUCCAGCUGGGGCGGCCUCCAGCCGGGGCGGCCUCCAGUCGGGGCGGCCUCCAGCCGGGGAGCCUGCAGCUGGGGAGCCUGCAGCCGGGGGACCUCCAGCCGGGGGACCUCCAGCCGCGGAGCCUCCAGUUGGGGCGGCCUCCAGCGGCCUCCAGCCGGGGAGCCUCCAGCCGGGGCGGCCUCCAGCCGGGGAGCCUCUACUCGGGGAGCCUGCAGCCGGGGAGCCUGCAGCCGGGGGGCCUCCAGCCAGGGAGCCUCCAGCCGGGGGGCCUCCAGCCAGGGAGCCUCCAGCCGGGGAGCCUCCAGCCGGGGCAGCCUCCAGCCGGGGAGCCUCUACUCGGGGAGCCUCCAGCCGGGGAGCCUCCAGCCAGGGAGCCUCCAGCCGGGGGGCCUCCAGCCGGGGGGCCUCUACUCGGGGAGCCUCCAGCCGGGGAGCCUCCAGCCGGGGCGGCCUCCAGCCGGGGAGCCUCCAGCCGGGGCGGCCUCCAGCCGGGGAGCCUCUACUCGGGGAGCCUGCAGCCGGGGAGCCUGCAGCCGGGGGGCCUCCAGCCGGGGAGCCUCCAGCCGGGGGGCCUCCAGCCGAGGGGCCUCCAGCCAGGGAGCCUCCAGCCGGGGAGCCUCCAGCCGGGGCAGCCUCCAGCCGGGGAGCCUCUACUCGGGGAGCCUCCAGCCGGGGAGCCUCCAGCCAGGGAGCCUCCAGCCGGGGAGCCUCCAGCCGGGGGUCCUCCAGCCGGGGGGCCUCUACUCGGGGAGCCUCCAGCCGGGGAGCCUCCAGCCGGGGCGGCCUCCAGCCAGGGAGCCUCCAGCCGGGGAGCCUCCAGCCGGGGAGCCUCUACUCGGGGAGCCUCCAGCCGGGGGGCCUCCAGCCGGGGGGCCUCCAGCCGGGGCGGGCGCGGUUCCUCGGCGGACCCCGGACAGAAACUACGCGUCCCGGCAGUCGGCGGGGCCGGGGGCGGGGCGGGGCGUGGGCGUGGCCGGGGCCGUGGGCGGGGCCUGGCGGGGGCGGGGCCAGGGCGGGCGGUGGGCGUGGCCAGCGGGGGCGUGGCCGUGCGGUGGGCGUGGCCGGCGGCGGGGCGGGGCGGGCGAGGGCGCAUUGUGUCGCGAGCGCCGGGCCGCAUUUGUCUGGUCGCGGGGCUGCGGGACGAGCGUGGCGGCCGCCGGCCCCCGCCCGGGGCGAGGCGUCCGGGGCGGCGCGGCGGCGGCCGAGGGCAUGAGGGCGGCCGGCGGGCGGCUGGGCGCGGGGCGCUGCUAG